AGGUGCCCUCUGGUGGCACUGGGGCACUGGCUGCGCUUUGAGCGAUCCCGCGACUGCCGGUUCCCGCGUGUUCAGCGUGGUGCGCAUAGUGCGCACUGUCUGUAGCCAAAACAGCCAAAGAACGACACAGGCACAGAGUGCUUCUUGCUGAGUGCUCAGUGGCUUAGUCUCACAAAGGGGCACACGGCAGCAACGUCGAAAUGUUUUGGGGCGUCACAUUGGAAAGCGGGAAGCGCUAUUCCCAGGUGGUCGACAUGUCGUACCACCUUUCCAUGGCUGCGCUGGAGCCAAAGGCAGGAGGGGAGCCUGUCAUGGUCAUGCUGGAACAUGGAAAGGCAGAGUUCCUGCUCUGCACAUUGGACCAGGCACAUGCACGCCAAGUGGCGCUGGACCUCAACUUUGUUGAGGGUGAGGAGGUGACCUUCUUCCUCAAUGGCAGAGGUACUGUGCAUCUGACAGGGUACCUGACUGACGGACUGCAAGACGACACUGUAUCCUCCGAUGAUGAAGAGGAGGAGGAGGAGGCUUCUUUGCAAGAUGAAGACGAGGAGGACGAAGACAAUGAGCUAACACUAGCUCGGAAAAGGCCACUCAAGGUCAGCAAAAAGCUCAAGGAAUCACUCCUGCAAGCAGUUAAUGGUGACAGCGAGGAGGACGACUCUGACUUUGAUGUGAACAAAGUGGAGGAUGGAACAGAGGAUGACGACGACGACGAUGAAGACGAGGAAGUAUCGGUUGAAGAGGAGCCUGAGCCAAUGCCAGCCUUGCCACACAAGCGCCCUGCCAAAAAGCGGCUUCUUGGCAAGCCAAUGAGCAAUGCCUCCCCAUCAAAGGAACAAGGCACAAGUUCAUCGGCUGCAGCUGAGCCUCAAGACGGAGUCCCGAAGAAGAAGCGGAAGAAAAUGAAGCAGCGCAGUGAAGGUGCCGCUGCGGUUUCCGGGAGUCCAAAGGUUCAGCAGUCGCCACAAGGAGGAGCAGCAGGGGAAAAAGGCACAUUACUCCCAGGAGGCGUGAUCAGCACAGACCUGCGUACUGGGAAUGGUCCUGUAGCAAAACCUGGCAAAAAUGUACAUGUGUACUACACAGGUCGCCUGGCGAACAACCACGUAUUUGACAAGUGCCUCUCGGGUAAAGCCUUUUCCUUUCGGCUAGGCAAGCACGAGGUCAUCAAGGGCUGGGAGACUGGCAUCGAAGGUAUGAAAGUAGGCGGAAAACGCCGUUUGGUCAUUCCGCCCAACCAAGCAUAUGGCAACACUCGUAUGGGAUCCAUUCCAGCUAACAGCACCCUGUACUUCGAAGUGGAGCUCAAGGCCGUCUCCUGAAGUGUUCUAUUCGUUGAAGUGUCCACUAUCUUUUACCCAUUGCUCAUCAUGCAAACAUUGAAUAAAAGUUGAACACUCGUGA